AGGACUGCGCCAAUCAUCAUCAGUGAACUCAUCGGCAGCAGCAACAGAGAACACACCGACCAAAUGGCAUAAAACUAUAUUGUGCUUAUGUCAUCGGCAAUGGACGUGUAAUUCCUUCUCUUAAAACGAAAAAAAAGUAACUGACCCGGUGCGACAGGGUGCAAAGUUCGGUUCACAGUUUCGAAAAUCAAUCGCAAAUUGGUCGCAACAACUAAGGUUUCAGAGAAUCCCCCUGCAAACGAAAACGUCAUGAAACGGUAGUGUAAAGAAGAAGAAAAAAAGCCGCCCAUACAUAAAUAUAGCUGAAAUGUGUACGUAAUCGACGGCCGAUCAAAAAAGCAAAAAUAAGCCGUUGAAGAAAAGAGAAGAAAAACUGUCGACCUGCGGCCCCUGCGGCUACCUUCAUUUGGCGUUGGUCCAUCAUCAGCUGGAGUGUACUGAAGUAACCGAAGACCGAAGAAAAAAAAAUUACUAAGAGUGAAAAGAAAACCGUCAGCAACAACUCCCCCAAAAAAGGGAACCCCGCACUAAAGGAACAGAAAUUGUUGUAAAACUAAAAAAAACACAUCAACAAACCACACAACACACACGAUGGCGUUGCAUCAUCACAGCCAAGAGGUCGGCGUUCACGACUUUGUACUGCUGAAUGAAAUUUCGCUGCCAAAUUUCAUGGGGAACCUGAAGAAAAGGUUCCAGGCAAGUAUAAUCUACACAUACAUCGGGGAGGUAUGCAUUUCCAUGAACCCGUACCGGGAAAUGAAUAUCUACGGACCGGAACAGAUCAGCCGUUACAAAGGCCGGGAGCUAUUCGAGAACAAACCGCACAUUUUCGCCAUCGCCGAUGCCGCCUAUCGGGUCCUGAAACAGCGCAAUCAGGACACGUGUAUUAUGAUUUCCGGCGAAUCUGGGGCCGGCAAAACCGAAGCGUCCAAAAUCAUCAUGAAGUACAUCGCAGCCGUCACGAACCAGGGCAAGCAGAACGAAAUCGAGCGAGUUAAGAAUGUCCUGAUCCAGAGUAAUGCCAUUCUGGAAUGCUUCGGAAAUGCCAAGACGAACCGGAAUGACAACAGUAGCCGUUUCGGGAAGUACAUGGACAUCGAGUUCGACUAUAAGGGGGACCCGGUUGGAGGUGUGAUAACGAACUAUCUGCUCGAAAAAUCCCGGGUCAUUCAGCAGCAAAGUGGGGAAAGGAAUUUCCACUGCUUCUAUCAGCUAUUACGCGGUGCAACGGAUGCAGACUUGAGGCAGUACCAGCUGAGUAGAAAUCCAUCCGACUACCAUUACACCAACCAAGGCAGCGUAGAAGUGUUGUCGGAAAAGAAUGACUAUAAAGCUACAACGGGAGGUUUGCGGGCUCUGGGAUUCAGCAACGACGAGCUGUCGAUCGUUUGGCGAACGGUUGCCGCCGUUUUGCAUCUGGGAAACAUCGAGUUCAAAACACAAGACGAACAGAUUCAGAUUGCAAACCGGAACCAGUUAAAACCGGUGUCCCAGCUGCUGGGCGUCACCGAGGAAGAAAUGCGUCGAUCGCUUACGGAGCGGGUCAUCGCAGCGCGGGGUGAGAUCAUGACCAAAACGCACGACACGGUCCAGGCCGAAUUCGGUCGAGAUGCCCUGGCUAAGGCCAUCUACGACCGGCUAUUCACCUGGAUCAUCCAGCGCAUCAACAAAGCCAUCGUAGUGCCCGGAAGCAGUACCCAGAAACGGUACAACCGGGUUAUCGGAGUUCUGGAUAUCUACGGUUUCGAGAUAUUCGAUCGGAACAGUUUCGAGCAGUUCUGCAUCAACUAUUGCAACGAAAAGUUGCAGCAACUGUUUAUCGAGCUGGUGUUGAAACAGGAACAGGAAGAAUACCGCCGAGAGGGUAUCGAGUGGACCAACGUGGACUAUUUCAACAAUCAGAUUAUUUGCGAGUUGGUGGAGCAACCACACAAGGGCGUCAUCUCUAUCAUGGACGAGGCCUGCCUCAACGUGGGCAAAAUUACCGACGAAAUGCUGCUGGACGCGAUGGACAAGAAACUGUCGCAUCACCCGCACUACAGCAGCCGGCAGCUAAAGCCGAUGGACAAGGAGCUGAAGCACCGGGAAGAUUUCCGCAUUACCCAUUACGCUGGAGAUGUGAUAUAUUGUGUGAAUGGAUUCAUCGAAAAAAAUCGGGACACCCUUUUCCAGGAUUUCAAAAGGUUACUUUUUCAUUCUAACGACAAACUGAUGAGCUCCAUGUGGCCGGAGGGAGCUCAGGACAUCUCGAAGACCACGAAACGACCGCUAACGGCGGGAACUCUGUUUCAACGUUCGAUGACUGAAUUGGUAGCGACACUGCUGAAGAAGGAACCGUUCUAUGUGCGCUGUAUUAAGCCUAACGACAUUAAGAGUGCGUCAGUUUUCGACGAUGUGCGAGUUGAGCAUCAAGUUCGGUAUCUGGGAUUGUUGGAGAACGUUCGAGUUCGUAGGGCAGGAUUCGUUCAUCGGCAACGUUACGACAAAUUCUUGUUGAGGUACAAGAUGAUUUCCCAGUACACAUGGCCUAAUUUCAGAGGUGGAUCGGACAGGGAUGGUGUCAAGGUGCUGCUGAACGAGAAAAACUUCAACAACGAUGUGAAAUAUGGCAAGACGAAGAUCUUCAUCCGUUCUCCGCAGACGCUGUUUGCUUUGGAAAAGCAACGCAACGAUAUGAUUCCGCACAUUGUAACACUACUUCAAAAGCAGGUCCGUGGGUGGAUCUGCAGACAACAGUACAAGAAGAUGAAGGCUGGCAUCGUGAUCAUGCGCUACUAUCGGAAGUACAAGUUGAAGAGCUACGUGCAGGACCUGGCCAAUCGCUUCCGUAAUGCUCGUCAGCUACGAGACUACGGCAAGGGUAUCCAGUGGCCUCAGCCUCCACUAGUGGGCCGGGAAGCGGAAAAGCAGCUGCGGAAGCUGUUCUCACACUGGCGAGCGGCCAUGAUCCUCCGGAAGUAUCCACGCUCCGAAUGGCCCCAGCUGCGGCUACAGAUCAUCGCGGCCAGUGCCUUCCGCAAGCGUCGGAAGUUCUGGGGCCACGAUCGUCGCUGGCUGGGCAACUACCUGUCUGUGGUCGCCGAAAACUCCAACUAUUCAUCGUACAAUUCCAGUAUUAAUAACAUUAAGAACACGGACAACUUCCGGACGGUCCUGUUUUCGUCGUUCGUGAAAAAGUUCAACAAGUGCAACAAGUCGGCCGAUCGAGCGAUCAUUGUUACCGACGCGGCGAUCUACAAGUUGGAUGGUUCCAAGAACAAAUUCCGGAACAUGAAGCGAACUGUGGCGAUUAAGGAGAUUUCAGCGAUCAGUGUUAGUCCUGGAAGAGAUCAGCUGGUAGUGUUCCAUUCGCACCAUAACAACGACUUGGUUGUAGCACUUCAGGGAGAGCAUCAACCACUGAAGGAGGAUCGCGUUGGAGAGAUUGUGGCGCACGUCUGCAAACGUUAUUUUGAACUGUGCAAUACGGACCUGACGGUGAAUGUUGCCCCUUCGUUCCAGCUUCGGCUAGGCAACAAGGUCCGAACCCUGAGCGUCGAAGCCGUGGCGGGCGUCGAGACAGCAGCUUUCGAACAUUCCGGUGCCGUUAUCGUCUUCAAGGUUCCCUCAGCUAACGCGAGUGCCAAUUGAAGGGGAUCAGCAAUGUAUUUUUUGGUUGUUUUAGCGUGUUAAUUUAUUAUCCGGAACCGUCUGUUGGAUCAAAUCCAAAUACGGUGCAAAAACUGUGCUUAAACAGAGAUGUAUUUUUCGCAGGAGUAACUGAAGUACUUGGAAAACUGCAACUGAACGCGGCUCUAAAUAAUUGUACUUGAUAAUGCUUUUAUUUGUUUUUUUAAUGUUAGGAAUAGUAUUCGCAAUUUAUAGGUUUAAGUUAGACUGGCAGUAAGGAAUCAGACAGUCUAAUUUCCAUGUCAAGUGCCAUUUUGAGAGACAUUGGAGUUCAACGGAAAGAGAUGGGAAAAAACCAUCAAAAGCACUGAUAAGAAAAAAUGUUGAAACAACAACAACAAGUACGAUACCAUCCAUGAUUGAAGAUUGUGAUAACACGUUUAGAGGUAGCCAAGUGAAGGAAGGCGCCGAAUCGAAACAAGUUGUUGAGUUAUCGGAACAGGGUUAGAUACACAGGUUUGAUGUAAGUCUAAUUUCGCUACCCUACAAAAAACUGGGAACAGAAAGUGCGAAGCUUUUUUGUUUUUUUUUUUUCAUGCAAACUAUGAAAGCUUGGAUAUUUUAUUUUAUGAUGUUAGGUUAGAUUUUAUUUUAAGAUCAUGAAAUUUCAAGUGAAUGUAUGGCUAAACAUUAUUAUUUUGUGGUAAUAAAAAUAUUUUUUAAUCGAAAUAUAGUA